CCCAAAGAUGGAGCACCUAAAGAUGGAGCACCCAAAGAUGGAGCACCCAAAGAUGGAGCACCCAAAGAUGGAGCACCUAAAGAUGGAGCCAAAGGAGCACCCAAAGAUGCACCCAAAGAUGCACCCAAAGAUGCAGGAGGUGAUGCUAAGGGUAAAGUAGCUCCGCCAGCAGGAGGAGCACCACCAGCAGGAGGAGCACCAGCAGGACCACCACCAGAAGGAGCAGCACCAUCACCAGCGAAAACAGCCGCACCUACUCCAGGUGGAGGAACAGGUACAUCAGUUGCUCCAGCAGGAGCAUCAGGAAGCACACCUGCCAAAUCAGCAACAGGAGCCGGAAACAGUCUUAAAGCCGAAGUCGGAGUUUCAUUCGCAGCUGUAAUUCUUGGUGCUAUAUUUGCUUAAAUUAAUAUAACCCUUUAAUAAUUUUCCCACUACUUGCUGUACUUUUUACGCGUUUUAUGAGAAUUUAGUAGAAGAGACGCGAAAGAUUUUUUCGAUUAAGUUUAUUUUUAAAAUGAAAUUGAUACGU